AAUUCAGCUACUUCUUUUAUCUCGUUUUGUUUUAUAAUAAUAAUUGUAAUAGAAAUGUCGGUUUUGUAGCUUUCUGUGCAAAAACCACCUAAAGUUUGGAAUCUCUGCUUAGUCUCAAGCAUUAAUGUGUUCAUAUAGGACAUGGGUUUUGUUUUGUUUUUUUUUAGUUUCCAUUUGAACCCAAAACCAGUUCUUCUGCAUAACUAUAAGUCUAGAACUUCCCAUUUCCCUUAAAUGUGGUUUCUUUGCAUCAGUACUAUCUUAUCUUGGUUCUCUGUUAUGCCUUUCUGGAUCUGGGUUUUCAUAAAUUUGUUUGUCAUUUGGUUGUUGCUUUGAGCAUUUCAGCUUUACUUUUUCAUCAUAUUUAUUCCUCUACUUUAUUCUGAGAUUUUUUUUUUCUGUAAUAAGCGCGUCAAAGUCGAGUUUUUUUUUCAAGCUCUGAUUUUGAAAACAUAUUCUGCCUUUUGGGUUCUUAGCAUUAAUCACUUACCACACUAAAAAUUAUUUCAUUGGGAUUCUAGUUGCCUUUUUCCCUCAAAUUUCCCAUUUGUUUUUUUAUUGUUUGAAGAUUUGAGAACAAAUUUCCAGGCAUCCCAAUUCAUUGUGAGUGAAAACAAACAGGGGAGUAAAAGUAACAUCAUGAAUUUUUUAACAGGAGUUCCAAAGGGUUCUUGGCAGCCAAUCAUGACUGCAGAUACAACAACCUCGAGUUACUGGUUCAACUGGAGGGUCUUGCUUUGUACCAUAUGGGUUCUGAUUUCAAUGACUCUUUCAGUUAUUCUCGUAUGCAAAUUUGAAGGGCCAGGCAGUUCAAAGCGCGGUAGCAGAGAAACCCAGCAAGAAAUAUCUGCAGGAACUUUGUAUGAGGAUGAAACUUGGAGACCAUGCCUCAAAGGCAUUCACCCAGCCUGGCUUCUGGCUUUUAGAAUUUUUGCUUUCUUUGUGCUUUUGGUUCUGCUCAUCAUCACAGCUUUUGUGGAUGGAGGUGGCAUUUUUCUCUUCUACACACAGUGGACAUUUACAUUGAUUACUAUUUAUUUUGGGCUUGGAUCAUUGCUCUCCAUGCGGGGAUGUUACCAAUACCAUAAGAAAACUGCCGGCGAUAAGGUUGAGAGUUUUGAGGUGGAUACAGAGCAAGGCACUUUUGUGUCUCCUCCGCUUGGAGUUACUUCCAGUACCUCUGCCACAGACAAAGCCUCAGGCUCCCAUGUAGAACAACCUCAAGCUCGCCAACCUGCUGGCUUUUGGGGUUAUGUCUUCCAAAUAAUUUUCCAGAUGAAUGCGGGUGCUGUCGUCCUCACAGACUGCGUCUUUUGGUUCAUAAUCGUUCCAUUUCUUACCAUCAAAGAUUACAACUUGAAUUUUCUGAUUAUAAACAUGCACACAAUCAAUGCUGUUUUCUUGCUUGGCGAAACCGCUUCGAACAGCUUGCCGUUUCCCUGGUUCCGAAUUGGAUAUUUCUUCCUGUGGACAGUCACCUACGUAGUUUUCCAGUGGCUCGUUCAUGCUUGUUUCAAACUUUGGUGGCCCUAUCCAUUUCUUGACUUGUCAUCUCCAUAUGCUCCACUAUGGUACUUGUCGGUGGGUCUGCUGCAUAUCCCAUGCUACAGCAUUUUUGCUCUGAUAAUGAAGAUGAAACAUCAACUGUAUUCAACACGGUUCCCUGAAUCUUAUCAAUGUGGGAGAUUACUUGGGCAGCGAUGCGAGACUACGUAGCUGAAGCCGAACACCGUAUAGAGUACAGGAUCCAGAAAGAAAGAAAAAAAGUUACUGCUAUAAUUCUUUGUAGAAGGAGAGCAUGCAGAAGGACAGAGAUCACAUUUUAGAAUUAUGGGGAUCCAU